AUGCUGCUCGACCGCUAUGAAUACUCAGAUACCAACUUUAGAAGCAUGGAUGACUUAUCUUCUAAUAGCCAUAAAGGAGUGUCAAACUCAGCAACUCGACCAUCAUUGAGCACCAGAACUCGACCGCUGUCAAUAACAGUAGGGAUACGAUGUGCAAUGGUGAGCAUAAUGCAGGCUUUAAACUCUUCGAAUAAUCAUCUGGAUAAGAUUCGAAUAAUCAUCUGGAUAAGACUAUCAGUGGCGGUGUCGACAAAUGUUAUUGCUUCAUCAAGUACAAGUUUUUUAACUACUUUAAUAGAACUCAACCAAGAGAAACAAGUUAUUGUCGUCCUACACUCCAAUUGUCUCCAUUUUCUAUAA